AUGUCCAACAGGGACAUUUAUGUUAUUGGUAUUCAUAAUUGGGAGCUAGAAAGUGCUGUAGUUUCAGUGGGGUGCUGUCUGGCACAAUUAAAUUCACAAUCAUGUUCAGUGUCUCCCCUUUCCCUCCGUAGGCUUCAGCAAGAGUUGAUGACACUAAUGAUGUCAGGAGACAAGGGGAUUUCAGCGUUUCCAGAGUCUGACAAUCUCUUCAAAUGGAUUGGCACAAUAGAUGGUGCUCAAGGAACGGUUUAUGAAGGUUUGAGGUACAAACUUUCGCUGGAGUUUCCUAGCGGGUACCCCUACAAUGCCCCUCGGGUGAAAUUCAUCACUGCUUGUUUCCAUCCAAAUGUCGAUGAGAAUGGUUUCAUCUGCCUAGACAUUUUGAAGGACAAGUGGUCUGCACUAUAUGAUGUUCGCUCCAUUCUAUUGUCCAUUCAGAGUCUAUUAGGAGAACCCAACAAUGAUAGUCCAAUGAACUCUGCAGCUGCCGAACUAUGGGAUGACCAGGAAGCCUUCAAAACCCAUUUGCACGCAACCUACAAGAAUUGAACAUAAAUGUCUGCCUUUUGUUUUAUCUGUUUUUUCUUGUUCAUAAUAAUGUACAUUUUUUUCUGUAAUUGGUCUGUGUGUAUAUUAUUUCUGUGUUGUAUGAAACCUUCCUGAA